CUUGGUCUAUUUUAUCUUGUCUCUAUCUUUCAUUUCCUUUUAUCCACGAAGAAGAAAAUCUCGAGAGAAAGCCAUGGCAGGAGUUGGACCGAUGACUCAGGAUUGGGAACCGGUGGUGAUCCGUAAGAAAGCUCCCAACUCAGCCGCCAAGCGCGACGAGAAGACUGUCAACGCCGCUCGUCGAAGCGGCGCCGAUAUUGAGACCGUCAGAAAAUUCAAUGCUGGAACCAACAAGGCGGCUUCAAGCGGCACCUCCUUGAACACAAAGAAGCUUGAUGAUGACACUGAGAACCUAACUCAUGAACGUGUGCCUACUGAGUUGAAGAAAGCCAUCAUGCAAGCGCGAGGGGAGAAGAAGCUAACCCAGUCCCAACUCGCUCAAUUGAUCAACGAGAAGCCACAAGUGAUUCAAGAAUACGAGUCUGGGAAAGCGAUUCCGAAUCAGCAGAUCCUUUCUAAGCUGGAGAGAGCACUUGGAGCUAAACUCCGUGGAAAGAAGUAAUAACAAGAAAGCUCGUUAAGGUAUUAAUCGUGGGUGCUCCGGUUAGAGAAACUAUCUAUGCAUAUAUGCCUGGUUUAAUAGUAGAGUUCUGCAAUGAAUCUUUUAUGGUGUGAAAAACAGAAAAGCUAUUUGGAACCUUUUGUCACUAUAAAUAAUCCGUUGUUCUCUUUGCAUCA